AUGUACUCUAUUCGCAACCUCGAUAAGCUUCUUGGUCUCAACGCCCCGGAGCCACUGGCCCGUCUAUACUCUCCCUCUUACUAUCGAGCAACAUGGAUCGUCACAGGCCUCGAUGCCGGAUUCGCAACAGCCAUGUCGAUUCGGCCAAAAUGGCUGCGUGAUAUAGCAUCCAUCGUCUUCUCGUUCUACUAUAUCAUAUAUGCACAAGAAGCAGAUGAAAAGCUUCGCCGCUUCCGCGCUGUUCCGACCAUCGAAAUGCUGCGCACUACAUGGGAAAAGACGACAAAUCCAUAUAUCAGGUUGGUAACUCGACUUCCACGGGUCGGCGUCAGGCGAAAGAUUCUAUUGCCCCGACCCAAGUCGUCGUCGUACGACCGACCCAUAACAGCGUAUCUCUACUUCGGACCAGCUGAAAGCGAAUUAUGCAAAGCUACCGAGCUAAUCCUCGAUUUUCCGGGGGGUGGCUUCGUCGCGAUGUCACCUGAACACCAUGAAGAACGUCUGCGGAUGUGGGCUGUUUCAACUGGUAGGCCUAUACUAGCUAUAGAUUAUGGGAAAGCACCAGAGUACCCAUACCCUUUUGCACGAGAUGAAGCGUUUGAUGUCUAUAGGCUCAUGGUAGAGUCAUAUGGGAAGCUCAUUGGAAUGUCUGGAAAGAAAUUAAGCAUAAUAAUAUCGGGCGAUUCUGCUGGCGGAACUCUGGCCCUUAAUGUAGUGAUACGAACACUGGAGUUGAGGCAAUUAGCUUCAUCGUCCCAUCAGCCUAUCCAUUUGCCACUGCCGACAGCCGUAGUCCUCAACUAUGCUGCACUAGACUUCAAUUUCACUUCGUGGAUGUCAGCCGACAAUCUGCGUGUGUUACGAUCGGAGCAGUCGUCUGGAAACAUUCCGGGGUUGAAAGAGGUGGCCGAGCAGAAAGAUCACUUGAAGCAUGUCAGUCCGUUGAGUAUGGUCCGCGACAAAAAACCGACAAGGAAGCGGAUAAGAAGACGAUCAAGUUGGAAGGAUGCAUUGAGGAAUUAUGUUAGUGGUGGGGAGGAAGAAACAAGUUCGACAUUGAAAGUGCCGUCCAAGUCUGCACCUGGGAGGUCUACUAGCCACCAGGGAUUUGGAGACGAAGGAUCACUGGCAGACGGAGAGAGCGAGGAAGAAGAGGACUUUGAUAAGAUCAAGGAAGAAGACCGACCGAUUUCAGCUCGGAUUGUAUACAAAUAUUGGAAGGGGGGUGGAGAUGUGAUCAGGAGUGGUUCUGACAUGGAAAGACAACAGCAUGAAUUGUCGAUUGCAGUCGCGGAAGCAGAUACGAAAGCUAUUCGAGCCGUGUCUGGGAAAUCCCCUGAACCUGGAAGCAGCGGAAGUGGGAAAGAGCCUGUAGGCACGCGGCUAACGAUGACAAGUCGAACGGGCUAUUUCCAGGACAGAAUUAUUUCGCCCAGUAUGAUGCGUGCCAUGGCUAUUUUGUACAUUGGACCACAUCGGAACCCGGAUUUUGCGACAGACUACCACAUCUCACCUAUCCUUGUGCCGAACGAGUUGCUUGCACAAUUCCCGCCACUACUUAUGCAGUGCGGGGAAAAGGACCCGUUUGUAGACGACACGGUGAUUUUUGCAGGGCGUGUGCGCGAAGCGAAACGGGCGCGUAAAGUUGAGCUUGACCUAUUAUUGUCUGGGAAAAGCGCACGUUUUGGGGAGACACUGCGGAUGAGUGCGGUUGAUGGACACGGUGACAGCAAAAUUUCUGCGGAGCUGAAGAAAGAGCGAGACAAGCUUGCAAGACAGGCCGAGUCUGACUGGGUGCAGAUGGUUCUGUUUUCGGACUGGAGCCAUGGGUACCUACAGAUGCCUACAUUGAUGAGUGAAGCGAAAGCGGUGAUUGAAGAGCUUGCUGAAUGGAUAGACCAUGCAUUCGAGCGAUACCCCGCAACAGUGACGGAAAGCAGAGGCGGGCUGUUGGCGCCCAAGGCACAGGGCGGGCCGAGUCCUCUCACGUCUGAAACGGAAACGGAGGACACGGGGAUCACGUUUGUGACCAGACGACACUCGGAGAGCCCACGCAGAGCAGCGACACCACCUGAGAGCGUAGGAGAGGGAAAGCGGAGUACAGGACAGACAAUCUCAGAGGCAGAGUUGAUGCGACGACGACGACUGCUCGACUCGCAUAUCUUUGAGUAG